AGAAAUUGAUGGGAAAUUGACGACUUCUUUGGAUGAUUUAAGAGAUUUUUCACUUUCAUGCAAUUCAUUUCCUUUUUGCUAACAUCUCCAGGCUUCCUCUGGUCUAAGAAAGACCGAAGAAGAUGAGAAAACGUUGGAAGUUGAAGGCAAUGGGAGAAAGGUUCCCUGCGUGUGCUCUGGCCUUUCACAAUCUGUCCAAACUACCACAGCCAAUCAGGAAAAGACCGCAUCCCCUUUUACCCCAUAAAGCAUUACUACGAAACUUUCCCCGUUUCACAGCAAAGUACAGGAGCAUGUGCCCUCUGGUGCUGUUUGAAACUGUAGGACUUUGGUUGUCAGACCUCCACAUCAGGUCUUCAGACUGAAGGUCCCACCUUGAAGCUGCACUUGGUCUCUUCUGAAGCAUCCCCGCAGGAUUUUUCUGUCGACACUGAGAACAUGAACGUGUUUAAAAUCCUCUGCUGUUUGCUGCUGAUUUGUGCCCGGUGUGAAGGCAGGAAGACGAAGGGAAACAGAUCAGCGGCCACAGACCAGACUGAGAACGUUCCCCAUGAAGGCAAUGCAGUCUUCACAUUGUAUUCACGGGGAGAGGUCAUGGAGGACGCAUGUGUGCUGGCAGAUUUCAAAGCAGCGUCUCUGACUUCGUGUGGCUUCAACAGCAGCCAUCCGCUCAUCAUUGUCACCCAUGGAUGGUCGAUGGAUGGUGUGAUGGAGAACUGGGUUUUCAGACUGGCCGCGGUUCUGAAGACAAGUUUGAAAGAUGUCAAUGUCAUCAUUACCAACUGGCUCUCUCUGGCCCACCAACAUUAUCCCAUCGCCGUCCAGAAUACCCGCCUGGUGGGACAGCAGAUAGCCCACCUGCUGCAGUCUCUGGAGGAAAACUUAAAGUUUCCGCCCAAGAUGGCUCAUUUGAUCGGUUACAGCCUUGGCGCUCACAUCUCUGGCUUUGCUGGAAGCUACCUGAGAAGUUCGGGGAAGAUUGGGCGAAUAACAGGGCUGGAUCCAGCGGGGCCGCUCUUUGAGAGUGUGUCCUCUGCAGACCGACUUUCUCCGGACGAUGCUGAGUUUGUGGAUGCCAUUCACACCUUCACACACCAACGCAUGGGCUUGAGUGUUGGUAUCAAACAACCUCUCGCUCACUUCGAUUUCUAUCCCAAUGGAGGAACGUUUCAGCCAGGAUGUGAUCUGACGAGCCUCUAUCAACACAUAACCCAGUACGGCCUGCUCGGUUUUGAACAGACGGUGAAAUGUGCUCAUGAGCGGUCAGUACACCUCUUCAUGGACUCCCUGCUGAACAGAGACAAGCACAGUCUGGCCUACCACUGCAGGGACUAUGACACCUUCGACCGGGGCACCUGUCUGGACUGCCGCAAGAACCGCUGCAAUACGCUGGGCUACCACAUCAACAAGGUCCGGACCGCCACCAGCAAGAGACUGUACCUGAGAACCCGCGCUCAGAUGCCCUACAAACUGUUCCACUACCAGUUCAAGAUCCAGUUUGUCAACCAGAUGGAGGGGAUGGAGCCAUCUCUCACCAUCUCUCUUACAGGAACCAAGGAGGAGAGCGGGGAUCUCCCCAUCGUCUUCACAAAUGAGGUUGUGGGUAACAAGACCUACACCUUCCUCAUCACGCUGGACAGAGACAUCGGUGAGCUGAUGAUGCUGAAGGUUCACUGGGAAGGCCCAGCCUUAUGGGGGAACGUGUGGCAGCAGAUGCAGACCAUCAUGCCCUGGAGCAGCUUGGCCAGCAAACCGCAGCUCACCGUGGGCAAGAUCCGUGUCAAGGCCGGAGAGACACAGGACAGGACAUCAUUCUGUGCCUUAACAGACGAUGGGCAGCAUGUUCGGGCGUCAGAAGAGAAGGUGUUUGUGCGCUGCAAAGUAGAAAGGAAGACCACCAAGCAGCGCAUGAGGAGACCCAGCCCAUAGACUUCUCACAUCCGCCGUGUCUUCUGCUGGCAAGCUGCUGGAGGUCGGAUGGUCAGAUUCAAUCACAACAGGCCUUGAUGAAACUCUGCUGUCUCCGUCAGUUUUAAAUGGUCAAAAUCAAGCUUAUAGUGAAUAAAUACACAGGUAGUAACCCUGGAAGCCUGUGUGAAAGUAGACAGCCAGCGCAUCAGCACUUUUCCAGUUCACAGAGGUCGACUGCUGGUUUGCUGUGGUGAAAUCUUCGAACUGUCAUUUAAAAAAAAAAAAAGGCUCCGAACAUUUGCCAGUGAAUUUUCCUUAAUUUCUCAAGUCAUUUCUUACACUCUGCACAAUGCAACCUCAAGCAUCGUUUCAUUUUUAGGUCUUUGCUUUGUUUCUUCUAAUGCAAUUGACAUAAAUGAUAAACCAAAAGAAUCACGUAGGAAACAACUGUCCUGUAACGUGCAUGGAUAAGAAGACACGCUGGUCGCUGGCUGGCUCGCGGGUCUGACCCUUUAGUCUAGCGGUUAGCGAUGCCUCCUGCGGUGCGGGCGAUACGGGUUCGCAUCCCGGCCGCGGCAGUUCCUGUGGUUGCGUCGUCCCCCGAAUUCGCUACAGUUCUAUAGUCCAAAGGCCGCAGAAAUUACAACCGUCACAAACACAGCAUUCCUUCCUCCAGCGAUUCUAUGACACCGUCAUUCCCAUAAGUCUGACCUUCAGAAAGCUCUCCAGUUAAAACAGUUACUAGAAUGAAAGUGCACAUCAAGUCAGGCGUUUGUGUGGUAUCGAUGUUUGCACGGUAAAUCUGUGGGAUGAGUAGAAAUUAUUUAUUUGGAAAAUGCCUCUCGGGGUAAAGAUAUGUAGAUAUAUUGCACUGCAUCACAGAAAGAGAAACUGCAACUGCCACCCUUGCAAAAAAAAAGUCUAAUGAUUAAUGAAAACUGACUUCGUAUCUUGUCAGUCAUUUCCUCAGUCAUGUCAUGCACCUGUUCAACAGCUUAUGUCAAAGAAAAUCACAAACUUCUGUUUUUACUCAUAUUUUACAUCAGAAUCUAAUCACCUCCACUUCUUCUGCGUCUGUAACUGCCGGUCCGUACCGGAAAUCCGAUUUGUUCCACGCAUGUACUGUGUUGUUACUGGUGGCUCGCGCAGGCGCGAGGUAGGCGUGGUUAGGUUGAGGUUAGAGCAAGUCAGGUGUCGGGUACGGAACAGGUGUUGCCAAGUCCGAGCCGGCAGGCGAGCAGCGUUCAAACCAAUAGUACUGUAGCGAA